AUGUUCGAGUUCCCCUUUAUGCCAUUUGGUCUACGUAAUGCUGUUCCAUGGACGCCAGAAUUAGAACUAGCUUUUGAACGAUGCAAAGAUCACCUUGCAACAGCUACUCUAUUGGCUCAUCCUGCAGUUGAUGCACCUUUAGGACUGUUCACAGAUGCAUCUUCAAGUCACGUAGGUGCAUGUCUAAAGCAGCUGGUUGGAGAUAGUUGGCAGCCACUCGCUUUCUUUAGCAAGAAAUUAACAACACGACAGUCAGUUUGGCCAGCAUACCACCGUGAACUGCUUGGUGUGUAUGAAGCGAUCCAACAUUUUAGACAUAUUCUGGAAGCACAACAUGCCACUAUUUAUACCCCCUAUUUAUACUCCCAGCAACGAGAAAAACUUUCCCCGGUACAACUUAACCAGCUUUCAUUUAUUUCUCAAUUCACGACUGAUAUCUGA